AUGGUUUCUGCCUCGAAGGCGGCCCGUAUGGCCAAGCGCGCCGACGACAAGAAGACCAAGAAGCCCAGCAAGAAGGAUGCUGAGGAGACACCCGACGAAGUCGAGGCCGGUGAUGAAAAUGCUACCAAUGAAGCUAAGAUGAAGGAGGUCGAGAAGCUCACCUCACAGAUGGACAAGCACGGUCUUUCCGACCGUGUCACCACCGGUGUGCUUUCAUCUCUACCUGCCUCCCGUGACGCCAAAAUCACUUCUGCCUCUCUCGUGUUCCAUGGAAAGGUCCUCAUCACUGAUUCUACCCUUGAGCUCAACUUCGGUCGCCGUUAUGGUCUGCUUGGUGAGAACGGUUGCGGAAAGUCCACUCUGCUUAAGUCCAUUGCCGUCCGCGAGUUCCCUAUCCCCGAACACAUUGAUAUCUACCUGCUGAAUGAGGGUGCUCCCCCCACUGAGUUCGGUGCCCUAGAAUGGGUUGUUCGUGAGGCUCAAGCUCAGCUUGAUGCCAUGGAGAAGCGGGCUGAGGAGAUCUUGGAGGAGGACGGACCUGAGAACCCUAUUUUGGAGGAUCUGUAUGACCGUAUGGACAAGAUGGAUCCUUCCACAUUCCACACUCGUGCCUCUUUGAUCCUGACUGGUCUCGGUUUCAACAAGACCACUAUUGACAAGAAGACCAAGGACAUGUCUGGUGGUUGGCGUAUGCGUGUGGCCCUCGCCAAGGCCCUGUUCGUCAAGCCCUCUCUGCUCCUGCUGGAUGACCCCACAGCCCAUUUGGAUUUGGAGGCUUGCGUGUGGCUUGAGGAGUACCUGAAGAAGUGGGAUCGAACCUUGAUUCUGGUUUCCCACUCGAUGGAUUUCCUGAACGGUGUCUGUACCACAAUGAUUGACAUGCGUGGCAAGCAGCUUCUCUACUACGGUGGUAACUACGACUCUUACCACAAGACCCGCUCUGAACAGGAGACCAACCAAGCCAAGGCCUACACCAAGCAGCAGGAAGAAAUUCAGCACAUCAAGAAGUUCAUUGCCUCUGCUGGUACCUAUGCCAACCUGGUGCGUCAAGCCAAGUCGCGUCAGAAGAUUCUCGACAAGAUGGAGGCCGAUGGUUUCAUCCAGCCUGUCAUCGCCGACCGUGUCUUCACUUUCCGCUUCGCUGAUGUUGAGAAGCUCCCUCCCCCGUUCUUUCUUUCGAUGAUGUUAGCUUCUCCUACUCCGGUGAAUGGGCCGACACCCUCCCUUGUCGGUCCCAACGGUGUCGGCAAGUCGACUCUGCUCCGUCUCAUGACUGGCAAGCUGAGCCCCAUUGGCGGCCGUGUCAGCCGUCACACCCACUUGAAGCUCGGUGUCUACAGUCAGCACUCUGCUGAACAACUUGAUCUGACCAAGUCUUCCCUGGAAUUUGUCCGUGACAAGUUCCCCGAGAAGUCUCAGGACUACCAGUACUGGCGCCAGCAGUUGGGUAAAUACGGUCUCAGCGGUGAGUCCCAGACCGCCAUCAUGGGUACUCUUUCUGAGGGCCAGAAGAGUCGUAUUGUCUUCGCUCUGCUCGCCAUCGAGUCCCCCAACAUGAUCCUGCUGGACGAGCCUACCAACGGUCUUGAUAUUCCCACCAUUGACUCCCUAGCCGAUGCCAUCAACGCCUUCGCCGGCGGUGUCGUCGUUGUCUCCCACGAUUUCCGUCUCCUCGACAAGAUCGCUAAGGAUAUCCUGGUCUGCGAGCACAAGUCUGUCCGUCGCUGGGAUGGCGGUAUCACCGCUUACAAGAACCACCUGCGCAACAAGAUGCUUUCGGCUGGUGCCGUCUAA